AUGGGUGACGCUGUACAAGAAAUUAACGGGAUCGCCCCAGCCGCAGUUAUCAAAAACAUCGACCUCAGCGCCAUCUUCUCCGAAAAUGUCCUUGCAAAAAUCAUCCAAGUGGCCCAACGAGGCCUAAAGAAACCAGCCCCUCUACCCUCCUACCCCCACACAGUCCCCCAGACAGGCCCCAACGCCGGCCGCUACGAAGAACGCGAAUCCCUCUUCUGGACCUGCGGAUUCUUCCCAGGAAGCAUCUACACGCUCCUCGAGCGCUCCAUGAAAUACCCCCAAGCCCUCUCUGUUCCCCCUCAACUCCGGCCUACCAUGCAAGAAUACCUCUUGAAACUAGGCCGCCACUACAGCGUCGCCAUCCGUCAAAUGUCCAGCAGAACAGACACCCACGACAUGGGUUUCAUCGUGCAACCGGCCCUGCAGCGCGACUGGGAACUCACCGGCAACAAGGAAAGCCUUGCCGCUGUCGUCAACGCAGCCGAGGCACUGGCAUCGCGGUACGACGAGCGUGUGCAGGCGAUUCGGAGUUGGGACACUGCAAUCAACGAUCGCUACAGUAUAACCGACAUGGAGGAGAACUUUCUCGUCAUAAUCGACAGCAUGUGCAACCUCGACCUCCUCUACUUCACCUCGCACACCACCUCCUCCCCGCACCUCUCUGCCAUAGCAACAACCCACGCCACGCGCAUAACCCACGAGAUCCUACGCCAAGACUACUCCUCGUACCACCUCGUCAACUUCUCCCCGCGCACGGGGCUCGUGCAGGCAAAAAUGACGAACCAGGGCCAUGCCGACGCGUCGACGUGGAGUCGCGGCCAAGCGUGGUCGGUGCUGGGCUUCGCGCAGACGUAUGCGUGGACAAAAGACGCACAGUUUCUGGCGACGGCGGUGGGGUGUGCACGGUAUUUUCUCAAGAGGUGCAGGGAGGGCGAGGGGAGAUGGAGGGCCGAGUUGGUGCCGAGGUGGGAUUUUGAUGCGCCGGUUGGGGAAGGGGAUGGGGAGGAAGAGGAAGGGGAAGGGGAAAGGGGCCCGCUGAGAGAUGUUUCUGCAGGUGUGAUUGCGGCGAAUGGGUUGUUGAUUAUACAUCAGGCGCUUCAGGGUUUGGAUGCGGAGACUGCGGCGGAAAUGGGCGGUGGAGUUGAUUUUUUGGAGACGGCGCUGCAGAUUGUGGCGCAGACGAUUGAGUAUGCGUAUGAUAGCGACAUGGCGCUGUUUGAGGCGCGGGGCGAGGGAAAGGUGAAUGGGGGUGCGAGUGGUGGGGAAGGUGUGGUGGUCAAGGAAUCGUCGUUUGAUGGCAUACUGCGACACAGUACGACGAACUGGAAUGAGCAUGCGCACCAAAAGUACAAGGAUCACGGGCUUGUAUACGCCGACUACUAUUUGCUGGAAUUCGGCAACAAGCUGUUGAGGGCAGGGCUAAUUUAG